CACCUCACCUCACCUCACCUCACCUCACCUCACCUCUUUAGUAACAAGCUGAAUUAAUCUCCAAGAAUUUCCAAAAUCCAGUGGAACAUCUUUCCAGAAGAGAAAAGAAGAGUGGAGGUUAUUAUAAGAGCAGAAGGAGACUCUUCUGCUCAGGUGUCCACAAUCUUUUGUCCAUAUAUUUUGUUAGAAGGAUCAGCUGUUGUGUGGAAUAUGUUGUAAUGUAAUGUGGGAAUGCAUGUUUGUUAUAAAUGUUUUUUUUUUUUUGCCCUUUCAGAAUAUUUUACAGGAAAGCAUUGUGUGGUGGUUCACCUCUGCUGGGUGCUGGAUUUGGUCAACAGGUUUUUGGGUAUUUUUGUGCCACACAUGUAGUGCACUGUGUCUUUAAGUGUGUGUGUGUGUGUGUGUGUGUGUGUGUGUGUGUGUGUGUGUGUGUGUGUGUGUGUGUGUGCGCGCGUGUGUUUACAUCUAGUUAUUUUCCGCGAACAUACACAUCAGACGGAUACAGCCGCUUGCUGCUGAGUUUUCUUUUGAGCUCCUGGAGAGAGAGAGAGAGAUACAGAGAGAGAGGGAGGAGUGGAGAGAGAGGAGAGAGAGAGAGAGAGAGAGAGGAGAGAGAGAGAGAGAGAGAGAGAGAUCUGUAAUUUUUCAGCCGCUUGUCGCUCCGAAGCGCAUCUAAAGAAGGUUGAACUUUUUUUGGAGGAAUAAAUGCACAUUUCCGGUUCAAACCCCUCCCGGUGGAAGCGAUGGUGACUGGAUAUCGGUUCGAAAUCGGCUCCGCUCGCACGUGCGGCAACCGGAGGAAAGUUGCGCACCGGCCGUGCGUGCGCGCGCGCCGCGGAUGAAGUGUCGGGAUGCGGGCACGCGGCUGAGAAGCAGGUGCGGCGCGCGCGCGCUUCUGGUCACCACCGGACACGGCGCCGAUGGGCGGCCACGUCGACAAGCUCGCGCGCCUGAGCUACGCCGAAGUGCCCACCGCGGACGCGGAGGAGGACGGCGGCGGCAUCGCGCGCGUCGGCGUCUCGUACAUCUUCUCCGCGGACGACGACGGCGACGGAGGCGCGCAGGAGGACGACGGGACGGACGACAUGAGGAGGACGCCGCUUUCUCCGGAGCACGAGCUCGAGUGCGCCGUCUACCACGCGGCCGCGUGCGUGUACGAGAGGCGCGCACGCGACCUUCCCGCGCGCUCCGCCGAGAGCCUGGCGCGCGAGUGCGUGCCGGGGGACCUUGUGGAGUUCGUGGCCGCCGGCCGGAGCCCGCACUGGGCUGUGUACAUCGGCGACUCCCAGGUGGUGCACCUGCACAGGGCGGAGGUGAGGAGCGCACUCGUAGCGGACGCGGCCCGCGGCAGACGCUGCCGGAUCGCCACCCGGUUCUACAAGUACGAGCCGCUGAGCGCCGUCGCCGUCGUGCGCAACGCCACCGAGCGCGUGGGCGAGCGCGAGCUGAGCUGGAGAAACUCGGAGUGCUUCGCCGCCUGGUGCAAGUUUGGCCGCCGCGAGUUCAAGACUGGCGGAGAGCUGCGCAUCGGGAAGCAGCCAUACAAGCUGAAGCUCAUCCAGGACUCGAGUUCUCGAGAGCUCGAGUUCCAGACUCUCGAGGACGCGAUCAUGGAGAGGAGGCGCAUGGACAGUGUGGACCAACCGCCUCAGGAGCUUGAGGGACAACGGUGAACUGACAGAUAUGCACCUUGUACUCUACAUCCAAUGCUUUUAAUGGAAUACCUGCAUCACCUGGAGCUCACAAAGAGUUUCCAAAGAGUUCUGAUGGAGAAACAUGUGAAGCGUUAAGUGAACACCAUAUCCCAGCAGAUCAUCUGUAAUGCUCUCCACUCUCUCUCUUUUUAUCUUAAUCUUGUUCAGGAGAGCGGGGACAAUUUUUUUUCCUUUUUUUGUGGAUUCAUAUUUAUGGAUUGAGCAUAAAAUUAUGUUAUUUGAUGUGGGUUUUUUUUUUCUCAUAGAAGUGCUUAAUGGUACCACAUUUGAAUACUGCUACAGACUGAACAGCUGGCACAGCUGUUGUGGAGAGAAUAAAUGCAUACCCCUGUUCAUUCAUGGAGAAAUAUUCUUCACCUUAUUGCCCUUUUAUAAACAACAACAACAAACAAACAAACAAACAAACAAACAAACAAAAAACCCUUAUAAUAGCUCAUAGCCAGAACUAACCUUCAGAUAAAUAAUCUAAUAAUCGUACGUAAACGCACGUCUAGAAUGUCAGGCGUAGCUAAUCCUGGCUGGUGACGCGCAUGCGUAUGCUUGUGUAUGUAGAAGAGAGCAGAAACUCUGUAUGAACAAAAAGUUUGGAGACCUGAUUAUAAGCUGCUUUGUGAGCAUCGUAUUCCACAUGGUUCAAAAAGUCGGAUGCCCCCAAUCUUUUUAUAAUGUAGAUGGAGAUGUUACUUUGCCCUGUGAUGGAGCAGGAGUUUGGAAAAUUGCAGUUGGAUUGCAUGGAGAAAGCACAUUUUAUUCAUGAUCCUCAUUAGUAGUCCAGAAUUCACAGUGGCACAUAGUGGCAAAUAAAAUGGCAUAUAUAUAGAAUAUAUUACACAUUUACACACUGUUUUAGAAACACAAGGGCUU